GGACUUGUGUUGGGACCUGUCAUUGAACACCAAGCCUUUCAAGAUGGUCCUCCUCAGUAUUCUUAGAAUUCUUUUUCUUUGGGAACUGGUGCUUUUCAUGGAACACAGGACCCAAAUGGCAGAAGGAGGGCAGUCCUCUAUUGCCCUCCCAGCUGAGGCCCCUACCUUGCCCCUGAUUCAGGAGCUGCUAGAAGAAUCCCCUGCUGAGCAGCCAAGGAAGCCCCGUCUCCUAGGACAUUCACUGCGGUACAUGCUGGAGUUGUACCAGCGUUCAGCUGACUCUCAUGGGCACCCUAGAGAGAACCGCACCAUUGGGGCCACCAUGGUGAGGCUGGUGAAGCCCUUGACCAAUGUAGCAAAGCCUCGCAGAGGUACCUGGCAUAUACAAAUACUGGGCUUUCCUCUCAGACCAAACCGAGGAUUAUAUCAACUAGUUAGAGGCACUGUGGUUUACCGCCAUCACCUCCAACUAACUGGCUUCAAUCUCUCCUGCCAUGUGGAGCCCUGGGCUCAGAAAAGCCCAACCAAACACUUUCUUUCCUCAGAAGGAGGUUCCUCAAACCCUUCCCUGAUGUCUAACGCUUGGAAAGAGAUGGAUAUCACACAACAUGUUCAGCAAAGGUUCUGGAAUAACAAGAGACAGAGGAUCCUAAGACUCCGUUUUAUGUGUCAGCAGCAAAAAGAUAGUGUUGGUCUUGAGCUCUGGCGUGGCACUUCAUCCUUGGACAUUGCCUUCUUGUUACUCUAUUUCAAUGAUACUCAUAAAAGCAUUCAGAAAGCUAAACUUCUUCCCAUGGGCAUGGAGGAGAUCAUGGAAAGGGAAUCCCCUCUUCUACGGAGAACCCGACAAGCAGGCAGUAUCUCAGCUGAGGCUACCGCCUCUUCCUUGAAAGACAGUGAGCCUGAAAAUAACCAGUGUUCCCUCCACCCUUUCCAAGUCAGCUUCCGCCAGCUUGGCUGGGAUCACUGGAUCAUUGCUCCCUCAUUCUACACCCCGAACUACUGUAAAGGAACUUGUCUCCGAGUACUACGUGGUGAUCUCAAUUCCCCCAAUCAUGCCAUUGUUCAGAACCUUGUCAAUCAGCUGGUGGACCCGAGUGUCCCUCGGCCUUCCUGUGUCCCAUAUAAGUAUGUUCCCAUUAGCGUCCUUCUGAUUGAGGCAAAUGGGAGUAUUUUGUAUAAGGAGUAUGAGGGUAUGAUUGCCGAGUCUUGUACAUGCAGAUGACAGCCAAAGCACAGAUAGCUCAGGUUUCCCAGGA